AUGCGCUCCUUUUGCCUCAUUGUGCUCAUCGUGAGUGGUGUGAUGAUCGUCGUGGCUGAUCUCGCGUCAGGCCUCGGGGACCCUUCAGCUCCUGGUGCUGACCUAGCUGAACAUACGAGUGUGACGGAGGUUCAGAGAACGGCUUCUCACAUCUGGAAACCACACGAAGAACGGGCGUUCUACAUCGAAAGCCUCACUGCAAAACUGAUGAAACUGCUCAAGUCGGUGAAGACCAAGCUUGCCAGCUUAUACACCUCUUUUUUCAAGUCAAGUACCACCAAGACUGCAGGCAUGGAGCACGAUGCUAACGUCAUCGCCCGCUACGACCAAGUCGCACCAGCCGUUGACGACCACCGAUUCGUCCCGCCAGGCGAAUCUCCUAUCAUACCGGGUAAACCUCGUGUCGCACCAGGCGAACCUGCUAUCGGCCCAGGCAAACCUUCUGUCACAUCAGGCAAGCCUCUGAUCGGACCAGACGAAUACUUCACGAAACUAGCGGACAAGCUGCACGACGAUCCACGUUUCCACAAGAUGUUGGCUGAAGUUCGAGGACAUAAGAAUUUUCCAGUGGCCAAUAUGAUGUUUGACAUGUUUUUAAAGAGCAAGGGUGGAAUCGAAUCAGAGGCAGCGCAAACCAUCCACAAGAUGAAUCGGGGGACCACUAAAUUGUUGAAUGAAGAUCGCCUGUGCUGGAGAAUUCUCAGAGACGCACAGUACAAUCGUUGGAUAUUAGACAAAUUGAACCCGGAAGAUGUUGAAGCCGUGGUGAAGAAGGAUGGUGGCGAGGACGCAAAGGAGAUUGCAAGAGAAGUAGCAAAUAGCUACAAGAACUAUCUUGUAUUAAUAUUAAAAACGCAUUUAUCCUAA